GUGAAACUCACGGAGGACCGUUCCCCGGCACACAAAGUAGUAUACAUAUACAUAUAAACCUCCCCCUUCUCGUCUCGGCAGCGCGUGCACCAUGAGGAUUAUAUUGCUGGUAAUCGCGGCGUGUUUGCUCGCGACGGAAGCGCGGCGAGUGCAGAUCCGACCCCGAACGGAUACUCAAGCGACCUAUUACGAGGAACAGCAGCAGGACAACCAGGCGGCCGAGGACGAUUUCGAAAACGUGGCGAUCUAUCAACCGCGUACUCGCGCGCUUGCCUCGCCACGUUCCAAGGACGCGUUGCACGCGUCGAAGCCGCCGCCGGUACAGACCAUCAGGAACUACAACAAGGUCAAUGACGACGGGUCCUUCACCUUCGGCUACGAGGCGGCCGACGGUUCCUUCAAGGAGGAGACUCGCGGCGCCGACUGCGUCGUACGCGGAAAGUACGGCUACAUCGAUCCGGACGGCAACAAGAGGGAGUUCAGCUACGUUUCGGGCAAUCCCUGCGACCCGAACGCGCCCAAGGACGAGGAGGAAGAGCUGCCGGAGAAGGAGGACGAAGAUCUCCCCGGACCGGCGAAUUAUCCCGUCGUCAGACCCGUGCAACGACCGGUUCCGGUGAGACCGACGUAUCAUCAGCCGGCGACCACUCGCGCGCCGACCACGAUAUUCCAGACGGAAUAUCAGCUGGACGACGACGCGAGCCAGGAACUGACCGAGGAGGACGUGAAGCCGCAACUGCGACCUUCGGCCUUCAGGAGACCGAGCACUCUGGUGCAAAUUACCCCAUCCACCUCCAUUUACGAGUCCUCGCCGUCUCCUAGUCCCCAAUCCUUCUAUAGACUAGCCUCCACCCCAGCGGCGCAAUAUCAGACUACCCCAUCGCCGAUUCUUCGCGGCCAGUCCACGGUCGCCUCCAGCGUCUAUCAGUCUCUCGAGCCGACCACUCGUCGACCGGUAACCCGUCGGCCCCAGUCGGUCGCGAUCACUCCGCGACCCCACGUCGCCCAGGUGGCAGCGCAAUACGUCUCCCCCAGCAGCACCGAGCGUCCCAACAGUCUGCUCUACACCCAGACUCACCCCACGGUAUCGCCUCUACGUACCACGACUGCCGCUAGCACGCCCCAUCAUCUCGACUUCGCCGCCGAACUCGAGCGUUACGUGAACACGAUCGGCUCGCACGUUUCCGCCAGCCCGACCGCGAGGCCGCAAACCUCCUCGCCCCAGACCUCCUCGAGAGUUAAGUUGACCGGUCAGACGUCGGUCGCCGCAACAACCGCAAGCUCCGCCGAUCCCAUCUACCAGUCGGAGCUCGUGUACGAUCCCUCGACCGGUCAGUACAAUACCCAGCUUUAUCAAACACUGCCCCAAACCGUGGGUGACUUUAGUCUCAGUCACAAACUCCAACCGUUCGUAGCCCAUCCGUCCCAGUCCCUAGUCGGUCUGCAACAGUACGGCCAGCAGCCUCAGCGACAGAGCCCGGUCUACAAGCAAGCCCAGUCGGCUCCAACCCCGGCGGUUACGCAGCCCCAGGAGGUGCUCUACAGGAGGCAGCAGGCGCAACUGUUGCAGCAGUCCCAGCAGCUCUACGCGCAGCAGCAACGCCGCCAGCAGCAGCAGCAGCAGCAGCAACAGCAGCAGCAGCAGCAGCUCCAGCAUCCGCACAGACUGCAAUUGUUGGAAUCGCAGAGGGAUCCCCAGGCAUUCUACUACGUGGCGCCUUUGAAAGCCUCCGCCAGCACCGCGUCUCUUUCAGUAGGUCAGAUCGAUCAGUUUCUCCGAGGUAGCAACGCUAAUAACUAUUGAUACGAUCUGAAUCGCAGCGUUAAGAAUUAACUCUCGGAUAAUUCUCGAAUCGUCGCUAUUUAUCAUUCGAUAUUAUCUCGAGAGCCUCUCGCGAGCUAAACCGCCGAGGAUCUCGGAGCUCUGGUAGAUCGUAAAUGUUGGCCCAUGCGUAUAAAGGGUAUUUUAUAAGUAUAUGCAAUAUAUUAUACAUAAUAUAUAUAUUAUAUAUCGUGUGGCGGCGCUGAAGUUAAUAUAUAUGAAGUAUAUUGCCGAGUGAAUGGCAUACGAACGAGCGCUUUGAUGCAUGCGUUGUACGCGGAGAAUGCGUGUGCAAUAUAUUUGAUAUAAUCGGCGCUCCGCGAGAAAGGCGCGCGAAAAUAGUUACGGUGAAAAGUGUUGCGACGUCGCGGAUUUAUAAAACGUCACCAUCAACGGCUCCAUCGAUCGCAGGGAAAUUUUCCCCGUCGUUGAAUUUUCCGUGAAACUCAUUAUACCGUGUACACAAGUUUACUAUUACAAACAAUCAUUCCGUGACUCUCUCGCGAGAAACUUCCGGGGAUUUUCCGAAAUUACUUUAUUCUCUUGGCAGCGCUUUUCCAUACUUUGAUAAUCGUGUGUAAUGUAUAUAUAAUAUAGAGUAUCCGUUUUUCGCUUUUUUCCGUUCAACGCGUGUCUCGAAGCGUUCAUAACGAUAGAUAAUAAUAUUUUAUUCGUCGACGAUAUGCAAUCGGAGAACGAAAGUUAAAGAGAUUAACGUAUGUGAUACACUGGAUGGAGGAGCCGCGCGCGAUUUCAUGGAUGAGGGUCGGUGACAAAAUUUGACAUCUUUCUCACUUUAUCGAAUGUUUUCCUUAAAUGAUCUUGUCGUAGAUCCGCAGUAAUGUCUUUUCGGUCGACGACUCGUCGAAAUAAUUUCGUUUUCGUGGAAAAAAAAUGGUGAAACUUUAUUUAUUCGCUCAUCUCGUCGAUAGUUAGAGCGAAACGAGAUUUCUUCCGUUUCUCAAGCCGAUUUGCACUUCUCAGUCAGUCUGUAGUAUCGUGUAAUGUUUACGAGGCACGUUAGAGAAAGAGUGAAAGCCAACGACCUGACGCAAUACUCACACACGCAUGUACGAUGUAUUACCGUGGCAAUUUCUCGCGGGUCCCUAACACCGUGUAUAUAUAUAUAUACACUAUCGUAAAGGUCCAUGUGGUUUCGCGAUAGAAAACGAAACAUCUCGUCGCGCGGACCUUUUUUAAACACAAUCCCGUAAGCCCAAACGGCGUAAUAAUGUCCGACUCGAUUACAAAAUAUCGAUCUCUAAUGCAGCAUCGAGUCGAAUGAAACGCGAUCAAACGAAAGGGGAUAAUGAGUCGAAAUCAAAUCCAUUCGCGCAAUAUUUCGAGGCAUUUUCAAUUAAACGUGCAAUGCUGAGCCGUUGUACUCUUGUGUCAUAUAAUGCAUUAAGUCAUUAUUUAAUAUAUGUUCUCUAUGAUUAAUUCAAAAUUAUUAAUUCGAAAUAUCCAUUUAAUAUUAUCAAUUUAUAAUUAAAUGACAUAUGAAUCUCUGUUCUGAAAUAGUACAUCUCAUGACAUCGCGAUAAAAAAUUUCAAUUCAAUAAUUUUUCUUAUUUUUUGGAGUAAAUUAUUAAAAUUAAAAUUUGAAAAAAAUGUUUAUUUUAUUAUGUCUGUCUUUAAAUUUCGUGGCGCAAAUGUGUAUCGCUCGCGUUUGAACUCGACAAUAAUUAACUCAAUGUCCGAUACGUCAAUGUCGAUAGGAAGUGGAAGAAAUUUGGUCUUUGCAACGUGACAUUUUGCAAGUUUGCCGCGAGUAGGGUUCACCAUAAGUCGAGGAAAAUCGCAAUACGCUCUUAUUGGCGUGGUCUCGUUCGUAAGGACAACAUUCUAUUCGCGCUGGACUUUCUAUUUGCAUUCUCUGUCACAAGUGUGAGAAUCGAUUCGAGUUUAAUGCGUUCCGCGACUCGAUCUAUUCAGGAAAUGUGUAUCAAAUCGUAUCAUCAGAGAAAGAAACGCUCGUACACGUCAUUUUCGUCGGGAUGUCACAGCCAUUCAUAAUCUUUUUUAAUUAUAGAUUUUUUUAAUACAAAUAAAACUAAUUUUUCCUUAAACAAAUUUCUACCGCGAGAAAAUGUUCAAGCAAAAUUAAUUUGGAAUUAAUUAGAUAAUUUUUAUAUUUUUAAUUUUUUUUAAGUUAUUGAUUCUGCUUGAUGUUGAAGUAAUGUUUUAACAGAAAAAUAUCGAGUUACAAAUUGAUCACUUUGCAAUUACUGUACAAUUCAUAUUCCCCCGUAAAAUACAAUUCGAUUGCAUAUUUUGGAAAGUUUUCGUAAUCAUCGGCAUGACUUAAUCGAUGAUUUCGUGAUUUAAUCGCAGUCACGUCUUUGCUACAAUGGGCUCGAAGCGGCGGUUGUCUACUCUCAUAUUGUAAAUAAUACUUGUUAGCUUUAAGGCAUAGCGGCUAUUUAGCAAUUCAUACGCAUACUAUUGCGCAUAAAUCUUCGUAAAGAGGAGUCUUACGUUACAGUUGUUUUCUUUUUGUAUUAUUUGAGAACAUAAUCGAAAGAAAAAUAUCACUGCGAAAGUUUGCUGCGUUGUUACUUUAUUUUCCCGCUCUUCCCAUCAGUAUCAUUUACUUUCGCUCGUUGAAAUAUAUAUACACUGCACGAGACUGAAACAUCAGCACGCACGAAUAAAGAUUGAAAUAGACGCA